UUGUUUCAACGUAGUUAAUCUCAGCCAAGACAUCUAGCUUGUUGGUUAGGUUUGCUGUUUAGGUUCUGUUGUACGUCUGUGGACUCGCUCCCCCCCAAAGCUCCGGAAAAUGGGCCCGUCCAGGUCGUGUGGCGCAUGCGCCUUCGAGGCCGCGAGCGGCUGGGACGGCGGAGCAGGGUCAGCUGUAGAGGGUGCGGGAGCUUUUGCCACCCGGAGGUGGCUCGACCCUGGCGCCCAGGCAGUCGACCUUCGUGUGAAGAAUCUUCGCACGAAUACUGCUUCAGCCCUCUCGGUGUGACAUCAAGUCGGGUUGCUCUGCUGUGCUCCGUCACCUUCUUCUAAAGAUGCAUCCUGACUUAUCUCCACACUUGCACACCGAAGAAUGCAACGUCUUGAUUAACUUACUUAAGGAAUGUCACAAAAAUCACAGCAUUCUGAAAUUUUUUGGUCAUUGCAAUGAUCUUGAUCGGGAGAUGAGAAAAUGCUUGAAGAAUGAGUACAUGGAAAAGAGGACCAAGAGCAGGGAGCAUGGCAACAUGAUGCGAAGGAAACUUUUUAAUCCUCCAGAGGACUCUGAAAAAUAAAUUACCUUUUCACUGGAUGCCUUGGCUAAGAGAAGACCUAAAGACUCUUGGUUGAUAACCUAAAGAAUCCCAUCCCAUUUGGCCUCCAGAAUCCUUUGAAUAAAUGGCAAGUGAGCCGGGAGGAAUGGUACUGUGGAGAACUAUGAAAUCCCUGGAUUCAGAAUGUUUGUUGGGUAGAGCCUUCAGUACUCUGACUCCUUUACCAACACACCUGACUUCUAACAGUUUCUUCCCUUUGCCUACAGCCAGUUAACCUUCAAGGAACAGAUCUCCCCCAAUAAAAUAAUCGACUUUAAUCAUAUUUUCUCCAUUCUCUUAGACUCUCCUGGGAUUAAGGCAAAAUGGUCCCAUUAGAUUUUCCUUUCUGACAACAUGGCAAUUCUGGAGCUUAAACAUUGAAGACACAGCCAGCGUAAAAAGAGUUUGAGAAAGUCCCUGCUGUGUUAACUAUAUAAAAACAGCUUUAUUGUUUUUUAAAGAGCUAUUGGCUAAAAUGUUAAGUGUUUGACAUUGAUAAAAUUAACAUUGGGUUAGGAUUUAAGUCCUGACAGACUUUGUUUCUUGUUUGGUUGGAUGUGCCCACCGCCCUGGGUGCCAGUUAACUACUGGGCAUUAACCUUAGGCCAGCAUGCCUCCUCUCUGCUUGGGUACAGGGCUCUUCUUCCCAGACUCAUUUUGGGCAGUGUUCUUUCUGCCUGGUGUUGCUGAGACCUGUGAGAGUCUGGAAGUCAGCACCUUCCAGCCACGUGACAUCAGGGGCUUGAUCUUGUCAGAUAAGGUGACAAUAGACCGUGAGCUGUGAGCUCCUUCCAGUGAAUUCUGUGUGUGCACGUAUGGUCAGCAUGAGGUCUUGUUGGUGUCAGUGUUUAACAAGUGAUUUCCUCAUCACAAGUGUUCAGGAGGCGGUGGGUACACAGGAUAACAGACAUUUGAUGAAGGGUUGGAGGAAAAAGCAGAAUUAAUUCUGAGCUCCCUUUCAAGGCUGAGAUUUAUGAAUAUUCAGUCCCCCCAACCCCUGUGUCAGGCAGUACAGGUACAGAAAUGAGACAUUUUGUCUUUAGAAGCUUGUAGUAAACUGACAAGGAAACUGACUAUUACUGUAGUAUAUAGUAAGUGCCAUGAUUAGGUAGGUGUCAUAGAAAAUAUAGAAAGGGCAUCCAUGCCCAGCUUUCAAGAAGAAGGAGCCAUUCUAAGAAAGCUACUUAGCGAAGGUGACCUUUGACAAAUGGAGUAAAAAUUGAACACGUUCUGGGGACCUUCAAGUCGUGUAGAAUGACUGGAAAACAAGAGCUGUUGGUGGAAGAUCAGAAAUGGCUGUGAAUUCUUUUGGGAUUUUUUUCUUCAAUGCUGUGGUGAGCAGUUGCAAAUUUUAAUAUGGUGAUUAGGGAUUUGUGGAGGGGGUCUUAGCUAGGAGGGUGAUAUGUUUCAUUUUGUAUUUUAGUAAGAGUUUUCUGGUUUUAGUUUGGGGUAUAAGCUGGAGAAGAAGGGAGUUUGCACCCAGGGAGAGCAAUUAGGUGUUGCCCUAAUUUAGGUGAUAAAUAAGGGCCUGAAUUAAGCGGCUUGGGGAUCAAGAGGAGUGACUAGAUUUGAGAGGAAUUUGAAUAUAAAAUCAGCAUGACUGGCUAGGCAUAGGGUUUAAGAAGAGCCUAAGAGGGCUCAGGCAUUUGAUUUGUGCCUGUGUGCCGAUGGUGCCCUGCCCUGAGCGCGAGGGGUACAGGAGAGGCGUGUGUGCAUGAUCUGGGUGGAGAUGGCGUGUAGGCUUCUGAGUGUUCAGAUCUGGAGCUUAUUAGAGUUGUCUGGGUUAGAACAGACUUGGGAGGCAGCAGCAUGCAGAUCAGAGCUAAUGCCCCCUGGCCAGCGUCGAUAGUGGAGCGUGAAAGUCAUUUUAUAGAGUAGAAUGAAACUUUGGAGUCAGUUUUAAAAAUUAUAUAGCUACUACAUUUUUAUGGGACAAAUAAUUUGUAAGUUUUAUAGAAUUAGGAUCCUUCUUUAUACCCAGUACCACUUGACUUCCCAGAAGUAUCUGUAUUGACAGUUGGGUGGGUCUUCUGUGCAUUUAUAUUAAUAUUUCAGGACAGGAGAGGGAGCCCCAUAUAUGGAGAAGGCAUAGAGAUAGCAGGCAAAUCAUAGAGAAUGGUGCCACAGAUUGCCAAGGGGAUUGCAGAGGAGGGAGUGUCACUGGAUCAGAGUAAGGGCUGAGUUGCCAGUUGAUUGGGUUCCUUUGUCAUCUGUGACCUUAGAGCCGUUUGGUGUGGUAAGGAAUGAGCUGGAGGAUAAACACAUUUGGUUCUGAAGGGAAGGACAGUGUAGCAUCGAGAAAAGGUUUUACAAAAUCAAAAGGAAAUGGUGGGUGACACUUGGGAAUAGGUAUAAGGUGAAAGAGUGCCAGAAGAGAGGGAGGGAUUAGUUUAUGGAGUGAAAUCUUUGCAGAUGCAGACCUGGAUCAGAUUUAGUGCCCAUGUUGACAGGGAUAAUGGUUUUUCUCCCCUAGAAAACAAAUUAGAAGGUGAAAACUUAAAGCACUAUAAGAAAUGCAAAGUAUUCUUUUCAGAGAACAAUGAAUGCCUAUUUGUGCAAGAUGCAAUGCUGUUUCUUCUGCAGAGAAUUAAGAACAAGGCUGUUUCUGCUCUCUCUGGACAAAAAUCUCAGAUAUACUAACAUGGUCACCAGUAACAUGCUGGUAAAUGUUGAAUAACUGGCCCUCAGAAAAAGGGCACUCAUUUGUAGCAUUUGCCAUUUUCUGUGGUGUAAAUACUCUUGCCUUGACAGACUUCAAGCUACCAAGCUGGUGUCACUCAAGGUGUAGUUGGGAAGAGGUGCACACAGUAGGCUCUCCUGAGCUGGUACCGGCUGACUCCAGCCUUCCUUGGCACACCACGCCAUGCAGAAGGAACUGCAAAGAAUCAUCAGGUCAAUUGAUUGCCCACUGAUUGUCGCCUUUCCCACCUCUAGCAUUUUGUCAGUUGAAAGUACCUGUAACCUAAAGCAGGACUAUUGUGACUUCUGUGACAGAGCAGCUGUAGUUGAGGACUCUUGGAGUUCAGAGUCUCCAGGGACGUGUCAUUUUGUAAAAGAGCAAAUAACCAUAUGCCAGAUGGAUUAGAAAGCCAACGAGACCUGCCUAUGCCGUGCUGGAUGGUUGGAUUUGUGCCCAAGGAGCUCAGAUGCCUUCAGCCUUCUUCUUUAUCACAUGAACUGUUGGGACCUUCAAAAAGGCAGGGGCUGUUUGUAAGUUGUUACCCAGCUGUAUGACUUCUGAGAGGACGCUCAGUCUGGAUUUCAAGUCUUAUUUUUAAAAUGCGGUCGUUAGACUAGUUUACUGUAUUGUUUACUACUGAGUCCUUAGUACCUCAGGCUUAAGCACUAAAUAAUCAGCAGGAAGUAACUUUGUUUUACAAUAAAAAACGCUGUGACUGAAGGCAGUGUGAGCUGGGU